AUGGUGAAUUCCUUCACCCUGCUUGCUGAUUUGAAAGCCGGCCGCUGUCCAACCACAGCUGAAACCUCAGCCCAAGUCCGUCUUUUACUCGGUGAGGAAGGAGAGGAAACCUUCAACACGACUUAUGCUGAAGUCUGUGAUACCUUUGAUGCAAUGGAACUCAGGUCUGAUCUUCUGAGGGAGAUUUAUGCCUACGAGAGGGAGAGAGGAGUUAUUCCAUUCUGCAAGGGGAUCCAGCAAGCUCAAUCUGGAACCGGCAAGACCGCUACCUUCUGCUCUGGUGUUCUACAACAGUUUGAUUACACUCUUGGUGACUACCUCGGUGUCAAAGUCCACGCCUAUGUUGGCGGAACAGGUGUGCGUGAGGAUCAACGUAUCCUCCAGUCUGGUGUACAUGUUGUUGUUGGUACACCUGGUCCUGUUAGACAGUCACUCCGUGCUGACGCCAUCAAAAUGGUUGUUCUUGAUGAAGCUGAUGAUAUGAUCUCUCGUGAUCUCAAGGAUCAGAUAUACGACAUCUUCCAGCUUCUUCCUUCCAUGUUUCAGGUUGGUGUUUUCUCUGCGACGAUGCAACCUGAAGCUCUUGAGAUCAAAAGGAAGUUCAUGAACAAAACCGUGAGGAUUCUGGUUAAGCGUGACGAGCUGACUUUUGAAGGUAUCAAGCAGUUUUACGUCAAUGUUGACAAGGAAGAAUGGAAGCUCGAGACACUAUACGAUCUACGAGACACUAGCCAUCACGCAGGGUGUCAUCUUUGUGAACACUAG